AUGGCCUUUAAGAUCGUAAUCAUCUCCUGCCUCGUGGCUUUGGCCCAAGCUGGCAUUGCACCAGUUGCUGCCCCAGUAGUUGGAGCUCCAGUGGUUGCGGCGAGACUGGAACAAUUGGAUAUCCCUCAAUACCGUUUCGGAUACAACGUUGCUGACUCACUCACUGGGGAUUACAAGAGCCAACAAGAACAACGCGAUGGUGACUUGGUGCAAGGACAAUAUUCUCUCGUCGAACCAGACGGCACCCGCCGCGUUGUCGAUUAUUCCGCUGACUCCGUCAAUGGAUUCAACGCGGUGGUACGAAAGGAGCCAUUAGUCGCUGCUGCACCUGCCGUUGUUGCUGAGCCUGCUGUAGUACCUGCAAGGCUCGCUGCCGCUCCUGUUGCUGCCCCCGUCGUACCUGCUGCCGCUCCGAUUGUGGCCGCACCUGUAGCUAAAUAUACCGCAGCAUACGCUUCUCCCUUGGCAUAUGCAUCUUAUGCUGCUCCGGUUGCUAAAGUGGCAGCGUAUGCGGCUCCUGCUGCCGUCGCCCCAUUCGCCAGGCUCUCUGCAUACUCCACCUCUGUAGUUAGUCCUUACGCGAGAUUAGCAGCAUACCCAUAUGCUCCUGCACAGGUUGUUGCUGUUUAA